AUCCAUCUACUUUUCUAUCAACCCCACAAGCAUUGGGCACAAUGAAGUGGGUAACCUUUAUUUCCCUUCUCUUCCUUUUCAGCUCUGCUUAUUCCAGGGGUGUGUUUCGUCGAGAAGCACACAAGAGCGAGAUUGCUCAUCGAUUCAAAGAUUUGGGGGAAGAACAUUUUAAAGGCCUGGUAUUGAUUGCCUUUUCUCAGUAUCUCCAGAAGUGCCCCUUUGAAGAACACAUAAAAUUAGUCAAGGAAGUGACUGAUUUUGCAAAAACAUGUGCUGCUGAUGAGACAGCUGAAAAUUGUGACAAAUCAAUUCAUGCUCUAUUUGGAGAUAAGAUAUGUGCUAUCCCAACUCUGCAUGAGAGCUACGGAGACUUGGCUGACUGCUGUGCCAAACAGGAACCUGAGAGGAACGAGUGCUUCCUGAAGCACAAAGAUGACAGCCCCAGCCUGCCUCCCUUUGCGCGGGCAGAGCCUGAGGCUUUGUGCACUGACUUCAAGGAAAACAGUAAACUUUUAAUUGGACAUUAUUUAUAUGAAGUCGCCAGAAGACAUCCUUACUUUUAUGCCCCAGAACUCCUUUAUUAUGCUGAAAAGUAUAAGAACAUUUUGACAGAAUGCUGCGAAGCUGCUGACAAAGCUGCCUGCCUGACACCAAAGUUGGAUGCUGUGAAAGAAAAGGCGCUGUUGUCCGCCGGUGAACAGAGACUUAAGUGCGCCAGUAUUGAGAAAUUUGGGGAAAGAGCUUUAAAAGCAUGGUUAGUAGCUCGUCUGAGCCAGAAAUUUCCCAAAGCUGAUUUUGCAGAAAUUACUAACUUAGUAAAUUCUGUUGUCAAAAUCACCAAGGAAUGCUGCCAUGGUGACCUGCUUGAAUGUGCAGAUGACAGGGCGGACUUGGCCAAGUACAUUUGUGAGAAUCAAGAGACAAUCUCCAGUAAGCUGAAGGAGUGCUGUGAAAAGCCCUUGCUUGAAAAAUCCCACUGCAUCGCAGAGGUUCAUAAAGAUGACAUACCAGCUGACUUGCCUGCAUUGACCGUUGACUUUGUUGAAGAUAAAGAAGUUUGCAAAAAUUAUGCUGAAGCAAAGGAUGUCUUCCUGGGCACGUUCUUAUAUGAAUAUUCAAGAAGGCACCCCGAGUACUCUGUUGGCCUGCUGCUGCGACUGGCCAAGGGCUAUGAAGCCAAACUGGAGAAGUGCUGCGCCGAAGCCGAUCCUCAUGCGUGCUAUGCCAAAGUGUUUGAUGAGCUUCAGCCUCUUAUAGAUGAGCCUAAGACUUUAAUCCAACACAAUUGUGAACUUUAUGAGAAGCUUGGAGAGUAUGGAUUCCAAAAUGCGCUCCUGGUCCGUUACACUCAGAAAGCACCACAGGUAUCAACUCCGACACUCGUUGAGAUUUCAAGAAAACUAGGAAGCGUGGGAUCAAGAUGCUGCAAACUCCCUGAGUCAGAAAGGCUGUCCUGUACUGAAAACUAUCUCGCCUUGAUCCUGAACCGGCUGUGCGUGUUGCACGAGAAGACACCAGUGAGUGAAAGAGUGACCAAAUGCUGCACCGAGUCCUUGGUGAACAGGAGACCGUGCUUUUCUGCCCUGCAAGUUGAUGAGACUUAUGUCCCCAAAGAGUUCCAUGCUGAGACCUUCACCUUCCACGCAGACAUCUGCACGCUUCCAGAGCAUGAGAAGCAGAUCAAGAAGCAAACGGCACUUGCUGAGCUGGUGAAGCACAAGCCCAAGGCAACAGGGGACCAACUGAAGACCGUCCUGGGAGAGUUCUCAGCUUUCCUGGAGAAGUGCUGCCAUGCUGAAGACAAAGAGGCUUGCUUUUCAGAAGAUGGUCCAAAACUUGUUGCCUCAGCUCAAGCUGCUUUAGCCUAAAAACAUCCUAAAAACAAAUAUCUCAGCCUACCCUGAGAAAAAGAGAUGAAGAGGUGGAACUUGCUCAUCUGUUUUUCUUUUCUGAUGGUGUAAAACUAACACUCUGACCAAGGACCAUAAAUUUCUUUAAGCACUUGAUCUCUUUUCUCUGUAUUACAAUUAAUAAAAAUGAAAAGAAUCUA